AUGGCCACUCACUCCUACCCCGAGCAGGACUUCUCUGAAGAAAAAGUCAUCGACAAGGUCCUGAGCCACGAGGUCAGCCACGACAACGACGAAGGGGUCGAGAUAAUCAAGAAUUGGGAUGACAAGGAAGAAGCACGAGUUCGUCGGAAGAUUGACUUUAUCCUUCUCCCCGUUCUCGGACUCGCCUUCUUCGGUCUCCAGGUCGACCGUGGCAAUAUCAGCGCUGCAUUAACCUCAACCAUCACCGAGGACCUACAUAUCAACACCAACCAGAUCAAUGUCGGCACCCAGCUGCUGUCUGCGGGAAUCGUCGUCAGUGAGAUUCCGUCGAAUAUCAUUCUUCAGCGCGUGGGACCUCAAGUCUGGUUAUCGGCCCAGCUUGUUGCUUGGGGAUUGGUGGGGGUUUUCCAGGCCUUUGUGAAGUCAUAUCCUGCUUUUCUGGUCACGAGGUUGCUGCUUGGCUUGCUUGAGGGUGGCUUUAUUCCUGGUGCUCUCUACUAUCUCUCUCAGUGGUACAAACGCCCCGAGAUCAGUUUCCGCACAACCCUUUUUUUCUAUGGGCAGAUGUUCGCCGGUGCGACCUCCAGUCUCAUCUCCGCUGGCUUGCUGAAACUAGCCGGAAGGUGCGGACUCGCAGGAUGGCAAUGGAUCUUCCUGAUCGAGGGUCUCAUCACCAUCUUCGCCGCCAUUCUGUUCAUCCUCUUCAUCCCCAAAAAAGCCGGCGACGGGAGCCCCCUCGCCAGCAUGGGCCGCUGGAGCUACUUCACCCCGCGCGAGAAACAAAUCAUCCGCGACCGCGUCCUGCUCGACGACCCGCUCAAAGCCCGCGACCACAUCAAGAUUACCGGCCGCGAUAUCUGGGACACCAUGCGCAAGCCCACCGUCAUUCAGCACUUCAUGAUCAGCCUCGUGUCGAUGUCCGCCCUCCAGGGCCUAAAUCAAUACACGCCCAGCAUGAUCAAGUCGUUCGGGUUUAGUGCCGUCCGCGCCAACGCUCUAGCCAGUGUCCCGGUCUACGUGAGCAUUGUCUGGCUGACGAUCCUCGCUUGGUUCUCUGACAAGACCGGCAAACGCGGCCCCUUCGUCCUGCUAUGCAUCACCUGGAACGUCGUUUCCUAUGCCUGUCUGCGCACCACACCUGCGGAUUCUUCUCGCUGGCAUAAGUACGCAGUCAUCACGAUCGCGAAUGUUGUCUACGCCAGUAUGCAUGUCUUAAACAUCGCUUGGCUCGGUUUCCACUGCAAGACGCCCCAAGAGCGGAGCAUCUCCAUGGCACUGAUCGUCAUGGCCGCCAACUGCGCCGGUAUCUCAGGCUCGCAGAUCUUCCGCACAUCAGACAAGCCGCUCUACCGGCACGGGUUGACGGCUAUCACGGCCUUGGCGGCUGUCUCUUGGGUGCAGACGUUAGGGUUGAUUCUGUGGUACGCUUUCAAGCAGAAACGGGCGACAGGCAAAGAACUGGCUUGAUUGUUUGCCUGGGUGUUUAUUUCGAUGAUGGUUCAAAUGUGUUAUGAUUUGAUAGAGUACUGUUAAGAUUGAUGAUUAGGAUCUCUUAGCAUUCUCUAGAUGCGGGGUUGAGAGCUUUGGAAAGGUAGUUUUGUUAUCUGUACUUGUCAGAAACGACAUGUUCAGAGUACUAGCCUGGAUAAUGAGUGGCUUGUUCAAAGAUGCAUAUUCUUGAGGGAAGCAAGAUAAAAAUAGCAUGUGGGAUCUAAGAGCCGCAGCACAUGGUACUAAUCUUGAUCCGCUUGGUCACAGACUUGGGUGAUUGUGCAUGAACUUGUGUCUGAAUUUCCUAAUACAAAAAUUCUGUAUUUGGUGCACAAUGAAUUUCGAACCCG